AUGUGUAAACACAUUCUCAACGCCCAAGUGGCCAUCCGAUCCCCAUGCUGCCGCAAAUGGUUCGACUGCGCCGAAUGCCACCAUGAACAAGAGUCCCACCCCCUUCAGAAAACAACCGACAUGACAUUUGCCUGCAAAAAGUGCAAGAAGUGCUUUCGCAAGGACGCGGGAGAGUUUGAAGAGAGCGACGAGUACUGUCCCCAUUGCGAUAACCACUUUGUCCUCGACGCCGUUACCCCACAAGCGUCAUUACAAGUGGAGGGUGAUGAUGUGCGAAUAAACUCAAAAAUGCUCAAGGACGACCGUGUGCGCGGAGAUCAAGAACGCUCUAUCUUCAGCGCCAAAGAUGCUGCGGAACGUCUAGGAUAG